UGCUGCGCCCCUUGCAUUUCGCCUCCUCUCUCUCUCUAUUAAACAAAUCCCCAAUUGGCACUGUAACACAUAGAAGAAAUCAUCAGACUUACCACUGAAAGCGAUGCAUGUUUGAUUCUUCUCCUUCAUUAUCAUCAUCAUCAUCGUCUCUUUGUGAUUAUUUUUACUCAUCUCUAGUAUCUUAGCCUCGUAGGAUGACAACAGAGGCUCUCAGAGAUCUUAACUCACUGCCUGGAUCCGAGAGGAGAAAUGAAAGUUCCACUAAAGCUAGCUUACCAAAGUUCACUGAUAGCACCGACGAGAAUCUCGAUAAGUUACAGAGGAAAAGUUCCCCUCCCCUUGCCUCUGCUCCAAUCAAAGAAGAGGAAAUUGGGAAUACUGUAGUAGAAGUAGUAGCAGAAGUAGAAUAUAUAGAGUCUGAGCACCUUACCGACUUGGAGAAUGUGGAUACAUGUGUCAGUGGAUUGCUUGCAGGACUAGAGUCCAAGGAUUGGGUAGUGGUGUGCGAGUCACUCAACAAUGUGCGGCGGUUAUCAAUAUUUCACAAAGAAGCAAUGCUUGAUACUUUGGUGAAUGUGAUUUCCCUUGUUGAGAAAUCCUUGAAGAAUCCAAGAAGUGCUGUCUGUAAAACAGCCAUUAUGACAUCUGAAGACAUUUUCAAAGCUUAUGGUGAUCGUAUCAUUGACUCUAUUGACCCUCUUAUUGUUCAGCUUCUUCUGAAGUCUUCACAAGACAAGCGCUUUGUAUGUGAAGCUGCUGAGAAAGCUCUGGUGGCAAUGACUACCUGGAUCUCCCCUACUUUACUAGUUCCAAAGAUGCUGCCGCAUCUCAAGCAUAGGAACCCCCGAAUACGAGCGAAAGCAUCGAUGUGUUUCUGUCGAAGUGUACCACGGCUAGGAACAGAAGGAAUUAUAGCUUAUGGUAUUGAUAAGUUGAUCCAAAUAGCUGCUGCCCAACUUACUGACCAGCUUCCUGAAUCUAGGGAGGCAGCUCGAACCCUCCUUUUGGAACUUCGUGUUGUGUAUGAGAAAUCACCACUUCUCUCCACAGCAACAGCAGAACCAAAAGCAGAAGCAACAGCUGAACCAAAGUCAGAAGCAACAGCUGAAGAAUCUGAGCAGCAACAGGAGAUGGUUACUUGGGAGAGCUACUGCCUAUCUAAGCUCUCUCGUUUGAAUGCUCAAGCUGUCACCCGUGUUACCCAAAGUAUUGUCGCUAAGCAGGGUGUUUCUGUGGACUCAUAACAGUAAAUCUGGGGAAGGUGUACGCGUUUGAGAUCAUACUGUGAGCAUAAAGUUUUUUACUGUCCCACAAAAUUCAUUUAUUUUGCUUGUUUCUUCUCCCAUUUACAUGUAAAUUCCUAGCGACUAGUGAGAAACGUUUCAGAAUCUUACUAUAGCAGCAUAUGCUACAGAACUAUUGAGCUUGAAAUCACGUCAAUAUUUUUUUUACCCUAUUACUGGUAAUAGUUGGGUGUAAAUUUCCAUAUCUUCAUACUAUUCUUUUAUUUGAUAGAUGAUUGCAGAUAUGCUAAUGAGUUUAGUUGAUGUUGAUGAUGCUGAUUUUAGUAUUAUAAUAUAGUCUUUUUUCA